GAUCGCUGAAACUCCUUGGAAUAGUUUCUGCUGUGAAUUUUGUGUCGGGAGAGUGAAGAAGAUGUCAAGCAUAAUACUUUUCGAGGAUAUUUUUGUUGUUGAUAAGCUUGACCCAGAUGGUAAAAAGUUCGAUAAAGUUACUCGAAUCGAAGCACGGAGCCAGAACUGUGACAUGUUCAUGCACCUAGAUGUGAAUACAGAGGUAUAUCCUAUGCAUGUUGGUGACAAGUUCACGAUGGCUUUAGCUCACACGUUGAAUUUGGAUGGAACACCCGACACUGGCUAUUUCACUCCGGGGAGGAAGACUCUUGUAGAUAAGUACGAGUAUGUCAUGCAUGGGAAGCUAUACAAGAUAUCAGAUGAUGCAUCGGGGAAAGGACUUAAAGCGGAGCUCUAUGUUUCAUAUGGUGGGCUUCUAAUGCUGCUCAGGGGAGAAGCUUCUCAUGUCUCUCACUUCGAACUUGACCAGAGGAUAUUUCUUCUUAUGAGGAAGCUGUGAAAAUUUUAACAUCUGUGAUUUCUCUUAUAAGUUGGCUAAGAUAUGUGAGCAUCUAGAUUGUUGUGCUGUGGUAUAAAGGGUGACUUUUGUCGCUCGAGACUAGCAUAAUGUAAUGUUGAACUUUAUGCAAACUAAUGCUUGAUGCAAUUUGACGGUCCCAGCAGUCUCUUAUAUGUAUUGAGUGAUUGAAAAAAAAAGUUCAUGCAAAUGUGUUGCUACCCAUUUGUGUUUGUAUUUA